UUGUUUCGUAGCGAGAACCCGGCUGUGUAAUUCGAUAGGAGUCCGUGGAGAGGGGAGGGGGGGGUGAGGGAAUGUUGGGCAGCAAUGGAGCGGAGUGCAGUCCAGUGGCUGGGCGCUCCGUGCUGCGCUCGUGGCACGUAUGCUUUCUACAAGUCGUUCAGUUGCCGUGGCGCCGUGGCUGCGAGGUGUCCGGCCGUGUGGAGUCUUGGAGAGUUCUACUUCGUGCGCUGCGGGCCGAAGGAGCCCGUGUGCCUCGCCGAGCUCACACUGCUCUGGGAGGACCAGGCACAGCACCACCUGCUGGCCAGCUCCAGACUCUACUUCCUCCCAGAGGACACACCCAAGGGCCGGUCAGACGAGCACGGAGAGGAUGAGGUGCUUGCUGUUUCUAAGAAGAUCGUGAUCCGGGUGGAGGACCUGGUGAAGUGGGCGUGUCCGGAGCCGUCCGGCUGGAAACGGAAUGCUCGGAAGGACGGCGCCCCUGACAGCAUCGGGAUACUGCUGUCCGACCAGCCACAGGGGGCCAGCGUCCAGUCUGCGGACAGUGCCCAAGGUGUGAGUGUGAAGGUGCUGAGCUAUCUGCAGUAUUGUCGAUUCCGCUCCAUGCACAAGCGCAUGCAGGGUGUCGCACACGCCUCCAGCCUCAAGGACCCACAGCUGUUGGCCCUGGGCGGGAUACGGGUGACCAGUCACAAUACCAGGAUUCUAUACUGCCGGGACACGUUCAACCACCCAACGCUGGAGAGCAACACCAGCAUCUGGACUGAGUUUGGAUGCACUUCUUUGAGCAUGAAGGGAAGACCCCGGAAGAGAAAAGGAAGGGAGGGGAGAGGGGCGGAGCUUGGACCACCUGACCAAUCGGAGGCCUGGAUAGAGAGAAUGAAGGACACGGUGACAGGCAGUGUGGAGGAGCAGCAGGACUGGGGGGCUCUGGGGGGGCAGUGGCUCCCCCAGCCCGAGGAGCAGCACUUUCUGGAGCAGCUACACAGCUUCAUGAGGGGCCGCAGCACUCCCAUCUGCAAGGUCCCACACCUGGGCUUCAAGAAGAUUGAUCUCUUCCUUUUGUAUUCAGUUGUCAAAACAAUGGGUGGAUAUGAAACGGUGACCGAGCAGAAGCUGUGGAAACACGUUUACAAUGAGCUGGGUGGGAGUCCGGGGAGCACCAGCGCUGCCACCUGCACCCGCAGACACUACGAGAGACUGAUCCUGGCGUACGAUCGCUAUUUGAAGGGAGCUGAGCAGCCUGCCCCCCUCCCUAAACCCCGGGCUGGAGCAGCAGCCGACGAGAAAGGGAAGCCGGUGAAAAGAACCGCAGCACAGCCCCCCCAGAAAGCAAAGAAGGAUCCCGUGGUGGUCAAGCAGGAAAGCAGAGUGGAAGUGAAGGUGAAUGGAAGACCGAAACGGGCCAGACGAAGAGCGGGGUGCGCUUCGAAAGACAGCAGCAAACAGAGUGUCAGAAAGGAGCAGGGCCAGGGACGGGAGCCGGACUCCAGUGCAGGCGUGAGGAUACAGGACCAGCAGACGAGCUCCAGCCCUGCCCUGGGGGUGCUGGCCUUGGGCCUGCAGGAUGACAGUAUCCCCCCUCUCGCUGCCCUGCAGAAGCUGCACCCUGCAGUGGGGGGCUUCUCCCUUCCGCAGGGUCUCUCCCCUCUCGACGUUCUCAGAAGCCGACUCGGAUUGGGGCCUUCUUCAGAGGGCCCCGGGUCUGUCUCUCAGGAGCCCAGAAAGACUCUCGUCCUCCUUCAACCUACUGCCGGAGACCCAGGUAAGGAGCCGGGAGACCCAAAUCCAGCCCUGAAACCCCAUGGAGCACCCUUCGCUGCCGGCCAGGGUAGGUUCCCCAUGGCACCCCUCAGGAUCAUCCCCCUGGACAUCGACUGCAGCCUGCAGGUUCAGCAGCUCAUGAAGAGCUCUCUGGGCCACGCACAGCUCAGCUGCUUCACCAAGAAGCUGUCAGAGGCACUGGCCCAAGACCUGAGCAAGACCCCGCGGCCCAGGGAGUCCGUGCCGAACACUGAGGAGCAACAAGCAGUCCCUCUGAACCUGAGCAAGCGAGCCAAGGUGAAGAGGCCAGCUGACUGUGCAGAACCCCCACCUCCCUCUCCCUACCAACCCAGCCUCCUGCACUCCUCCUAUCCGCUCUACACCCCCCAGCCCAGCCAGGCCAGCCAGGCCGGCACAGCCAAGAAACUCAAAACAGAGCCGGGCCCUCAAGAGCAGGCUCCUGCUGGGAUACAGAACGGCAGACUGGGGUCAAACCCUGCUGAAGCUGAAGAGCAGCCUGCAGACCUGAGCUCACCCAGACGGGCCAGAGCAGCCCUCCGAGACGGGGAGGAAAGAGCAGGCGAGCCGGGCUUGAAUCUCGUGAGCAGGCCCACAUCCAUAACGCUAAUUCCGCAGGGGGAUGCCCCGUCAGACACGCAGGAAACCCGCGAGCCAGCGGCCACCUCCGCCAUGUUAGAAGACCGUCACUCUGCGGGAGAUCCCUGCACAGGCUCCCCCGCUCUGCAGCGUGCUUUACCUACGAGACCCGGCUCGCGAGGGAGCGUGGCGGCUGGGUCCGAGGAGCAGGGCGGGGCCAGUCCCGCAGCCUAUCCCUUGUAUCACUUCCGGGGGAGGCAGGUUCAUCUGGGAGAGUCGGGAGCCGACUGCCUGAAGCAGGUGAGCUCGGAGAUGAGCGCACUGCUCAGCACCGCGUCUGGGGCCCUGCAGAACCAGCACUCCUGGGCCCUGGCACCACAUGGCCGCUGAUGGACUCGCAGACUCUCAGAACCAUAAACUGUUAAAGUUCCCCUGGAGUACAUGGGGCAGUCAGGGAGCUCCCACUGUUAAGAAUCCUCUACGUUUAUAUGACCUGGUAUCUUUGAAGGUGACACUGUCUGCUAGAAGAGGCGCAGUCUCUGUAAUAUGUACGUGUAUAUCUCAAACGAGGUUGGCUGAUGCUACCUGAUAAAACCUAUAGGCUAUUGUUCAGUACAUGCUGAAAAAGAAGAGGCCAGUACUGUAUUAGAGGCAACUAUGUCUGGGUUCAAUACUUGACUGUUCUAACUGAUAGUUAUUUAAGGUAUUCUCAUAAUCAUUAUUUUACGAGAAAGUCGUUCACUAGAAAAAAGAUCCUUAUUGCCACAAAUAAAACUGCUGGUCACCUUGAUAAAGUUUAGGAGUGAUAAAGUGUUAUAGUUAUGUUUGGAACUUGCACAGGUCAUUGCACAAAUCCGAUUCAUAUAUAUAUAUAUAUAUAUAUAUACACACUACACUAUCUUGAUUAUAUAUAUAUAAAAUCAUAGUUAGCAUAAUGCAAUUAGGUAGUAUUUGUAUUUGUAUUAUCAUUUUUUAUUCCAUUUAAAUGUUUCUAAUGAUGAGACAGUAAGGGUUGCUUAAUAAGCUGUAAAGUAUAUUGCUGUUUGCUUGUAUGUGAUAGGUCGUGUAUCGCAGCACCACAUCAGUGUGAGGGGAUAGGAGCGUUUAAGUGUGUUGAAUAAUUUGCUGGUGAUUUCACAGUUUCACUACUCAAGGUCCGGCAGUCCAGGUCCAAGGCAGGCAGUCCUCCCCAGCAGCAGCAGCAGCAGCUCUAUGAGGACCUGCACUGUGUGCUGGGUGUACGUGUGUGAAUAAUGUGCCAUUGCUAUUUAUUAUUGUGUCUACUGUUUUUAAAUGUAAACUGAUGCCCUCCGCCAGACUAACGGGAGUGGCUCUUUUUGAAUGAUCCUUUUCUUUCAAUAUUCAGGUGCUGGGUAACUCUGAAAGAGCUUGUGGGGGUAGGUCCUGCUGUUUCAGGAAGCCCUCAUUCCUCUUUGAAACGUUGCUGUUUUUAGUGAUUGAUUUUUUAAUUGUGUAAUAAUACUUUGUGGAAUCCUAAAGCUAAUCGAGAGCAAAGGAUCCUGGAAUGCAAAUGUUUUAAAUACAGUUACCACUGCCAUGUGUACCAGAUUUUAUAUAUGUCAAUCUCCGGACCCUAUGAAAUGUAUUACGAUGCAUUGUUAAUAAAAAUAAAUAAAUAAACUUUACUUCAAAAUAAA